ACGGUCUAUGAAAUGCUGAUCGUGUACGCACACAAGUCCAGCAAAUGUCUAAUCCAACGCCCAAUCUGCACCGUCCAUUCCCAUCACAUCUCCAGAGAAAAAAAAGCACAGUCCGCCGUCAAACGGCUAUGCAGCUGGUCGCGCCAUAGCUCACACACUGGUUUUUUGGGGGCGAAGAUUUGAUUGGGAAUUUGAAAUGGAAGCUGGAGGGAGCAGCAAGAACCAGACGGAGCCUAAGAAACGCCAAUCUAAGACGCCCAGAAAGCCCAAAGAUAGCGUUCUCGAACAGAAAUCGCCGGCGGAGUUCUUUGCGGAGAACAAGAACAUUGCUGGGUUCGAUAAUCCAGGGAAAUGUCUUUACACUACUGUGAGGGAACUUGUUGAGAACUCACUUGAUUCCACGGAGUCCAUAUCGGAGCUUCCUGUGAUAGAAAUAACGAUUGAAGAUAUUGAGAAAAGCAAGUUCAAUUCUAUGAUUGGUCUUAUUGAUCGAGAUCGUGUUGAUGAGGCAUUAUACGAUGAUUAUGAAACAGCUAAAGCUCGUGAGAAACGAUUAGCAAAGGAAGCUCGUGCUCAAGAAUUACAGGCAAAAAAUGCUUCCUCUGGAAAGAUGGUCAAAGAACCUCCAGCUGCAAAGACCAUAAAGGGUCGAGGUGAGGCUUCAUUUUACAGGGUUACAUGCAAGGAUAAUGGAAAGGGGAUGCCACAUGAUGACAUUCCAAAUAUGUUUGGACGAGUGUUAUCUGGAACAAAAUAUGGCUUGAAGCAGACGCGUGGGAAGUUUGGUCUAGGUGCAAAGAUGGCAUUAAUUUGGUCAAAGAUGAGUACAGGGCUUCCUAUAGAGAUCUCGUCAUCUUUGAAGGGCCAAAAUUAUAUUUCAUUUUGCAGGCUGGAUAUAGAUAUUCAUCGGAAUAUUCCUCAUGUCCAUUUACAUGAAAAACGGGAUAACAAGGUUCGGUGGCAUGGAGCUGAGAUCCAAGUUGUUAUUGAAGGAAAUUGGACAAGUUACCGUUCCAAGAUAUUGCAUUACAUGCGACAAAUGGCUGUUAUAACUCCUUAUGCCGAGUUUCUUUUUAAAUUUGUAUCAGGUGCAGCAGAUAAAAGCAUUACCAUAAGGUUUGCUCGGAGAACAGAUGUGAUGCCUCCAGUUCCUCUUGAGACAAAGCACCAUCCAUCGUCCGUUGACUUAUUGCUAAUAAAGCGCCUCAUUGAAGAAAAUCCAAAGCAAAACCUUUUACAGUUUCUUCAGCAUGAAUUUGUUAAUAUACGAAAAGCAUAUGCUGAACGACUAAUUGGGGAAUUGGGUCCUGAGUUCAGUCCAAAAAUGCCUAUUAAGUCUCUAACUUCUCAACAAAUUGUUCGCAUCCAUCAGUUAUUUCGUCAAGCUAAGUUUGAUGAUCCUAGUGGUGAUUGUCUGAGUCCUGCAGGGGAAUACAAUCUUCGUCUAGGAAUUAUAAAGGAGCUGCAUCCAGACAUGGUUGCAACUUAUUCUGGAAGUGCCCGAGUUUUUGAAGGCCACCCAUUCAUUGUGGAAGCUGGUGUCAGUGUGGGUGGAAAAGAUGUCAAGCAAGGUUUGAAUAUUUUCCGAUUUGCAAACCGAAUUCCACUUCUUUUCGAACAAGGGGCUGAUGUUGUCACCAGGACCGCUCUUAAGAGAAUCAAUUGGAGUAGUUACAAGAUCAACCAAACUCAGGAUAAGAUUGGUGUCUUUGUGAGCAUUGUAAGCACAAAAAUACCCUUUAAAGGAACGGGGAAGGAGUAUAUUGGAGAUGAUAUAACUGAAAUAGCUUCAGCUGUCAAGUCUGCCCUUCAACAGUGUUGCAUCCAGCUAAAAACCAAGAUAGUGAAGAAAAUGCAAGCUCGUGAACAGCAGGAGAGAAAGCGAAGUUUGAGCAAGUAUCUUGAUAAUGCUUGUACUGUUUUUUAUGAUGUGUGGAAGGAGAUCAAAGCGCAGAAUUCGGAACAAUCACAUGCAGCAAAGAAGCAACGCGAUGAAAUGUACAAGGAAAUAUCAAAUCAAACAGUUACAAAAGCAAUACUCAAGGAAAAGCUUUUACAACAUGUUGAACAGGUGGACUAUGAGAUGGCAUUGGAGUACGCUACGCAAAGCGGAGUGAGUGAGGAACCCAGAGAAGCGAUAUUUCUGCAGUCACUUGAAGCUGCUGAAGAUAGCUUUAUUGAUUUGCAUAGUCCCACAUUUGUCUUUCGGCUGUUCCGCUAGGAAUUGGUUUGAUAUUUCAACAUCUUCUAGUUCAUUUCUAACUGCAAACUAUGUCUAAGAAUCAUGCUGUUACUGAUUGUUUCAGUUUGUAUGUUAUUCAAAGCUAAUGAUUGAAAAGGCAUCCUUGAAGCUGAAUUAUGAAUUUAUGAUUGAUUCA